AUGCAGUCUCUGCGUCUCCUCCGAACCGCUGCCCUCAGGGCAAAGCCCAUGUCCUCAACAAUCCGCGCGCCAGUGCGAAGAGGAUACGCUGAGGCUGUUACCUCGGAUAAGAUCAAGCUUAGCUUGUCUCUUCCUCACCAGGCUAUCUACAAGGCCACUGAUGUCGUCCAGGUCAAUAUUCCAGCCGAGUCCGGUGUUAUGGGUGUCCUCGCAAACCACGUUCCAUCGAUCGAGCAGUUGAAGGCCGGUAUCGUUGAUAUCAUUGAGGAGGGUGGUGCCAACAAGCAAUUCUUCGUUUCCGGAGGAUUCGCUGUCGUCCAGCCAAACAGCAGAUUGAGCAUCAACGCUGUUGAGGCUUAUACCCUCGAUGAGUUCAGUUUGGAUGCCGUCAAGUCCCAAUUGGCAGAGGCCAACAAAAUCGCUUCCGGUAGCGGUAGCGAGCAGGAUAUUGCCGAGGCUAAGAUCGAAGUUGAGGUCCUCGAGACAUUACAGGCCGCCCUCAAGGCUUAA